AUGGCUGAUGACCAUGCCGCCAAAGCAAUCUCCUGCUACGGUGCUGGCAUCAACAAAACCCCCAACCUAGACCGCAUUGCCAAUGCAGGUAUGCGCUUUGGCCACUGCUAUGUCACCAACAGCAUCUGCACACCCUCCCGUGCCGCCAUUCUAUGCGGCACUCACAAUCACGUCAAUGGAGUAUUAACCCUAGACUCCAAGAUCAACAAAGGAUUGCCAAAUGUCGCCAAGCAGCUGAGGUCAAGUCCAGCUAGGUAUCAAACCGCCAUGAUCGGCAAGUGGCACUUAGGUGAGGGAAAAGAACACGAACCUACUGGCUUUGACUACUGGAGCAUCGUUCCUGGACAAGGAGAGUAUUGGGAUCCUCGGUUCAUUGAACCGGAUGGUACUACUCGAGUCCCUGGCUAUGCAACGGACAUUAUUACAGACAAGUCAAUCGACUGGUUGGAGAAACGAGACAAGUCUCGACCUUUCUUCCUCAUGUGCCAUCACAAAGCACCUCAUCGAUCAUGGGAAUAUGAUCACAAGCAUAAAGAUCUCUACAAAGAUCCCAUCCGUCUCCCCGGUACGUUCAGCGACGAUUACAAGAAUCGUGCCAAUGCCGCAAAGGUGGCCAAGAUGAGAGUCGCGGAAGAUUUGACCUACACGGACCUCGGAGUUGUUCAGCCCGAAGGCCCCAGUAGCAUGAUCGGAGUCAAGCUACAUGACAACGAGACGUCAACCGAUCGCAAAAUCCCUGUGCCAGAAGACGUCACAGCUUUGAGACUGAUCUGCAAAGAAACAGCGGAGGUGUUCACCUUCAAGACCCACCAAGAGCUCGCCGAGUGGAAGUUCCAACGCUAUAUGCAGCGCUAUCUACGAACUAUCCAAAGCAUCGAUGACAAUACAGGCCGCAUGCUAGACUGGCUCGACAAAGAGGGUCUUGCAGAAGACACCAUCGUCAUCUACACUUCUGACCAAGGCUUCUUCCUUGGUGAACAUGGCUGGUUUGACAAGCGCUUCAUGUACGAGGAGAGUUUCCAGAUGCCUUUUAUGAUCCGCUACCCGAAAGAGAUCAAGGCUCAGUCUGUUUGCAAGGACAUCAUUUGUAACGUGGAUUUCGCACCUACGUUCUUAGACUUUGCGAAUGCUCGAACCCCGACAUAUAUGCAAGGAGUUUCGUUCCGUCCCCUCCUUAACGGCAAAACGCCCGAGGACUGGCAACAAGUUGCAUAUCAUCGGUACUGGAUGCAUCGCGAUAUCAUCCAUGAAACUUAUGCGCACUAUGGCGUUCGUGAUCAGCGGUACAAGCUAAUUUACUGGUACAAUGAAGGAUUUGGUAUCGAGGGUACCAGAGAGGGUGGACAGGAUAAAGAGUGGGAGUUGUUUGACUGCAAAGAAGAUCCUUUGGAACUCUUCAAUUGUUAUCAUGAGGCCAAAUACGCUGAUGUCGUGCGUAAAAUGACGAAGAUGUUGGAGGAUAAGAUGGCGGAUAUUGGAGAUGAACCUGUUCAUUGA